AUGGAUAAAAAAAUAACUAACCUCCAAACCCUCAACAAACACUGGUAUGAAUUUUAUACAGCAGUUAAACAAUCGGCAGCAAAACAUAUACCCACUACAACAACAUCACUCAAAACCUUUCAUGCAUUUUCUACAAAGGCUACA